AUGGUAUAUACAGAAACAAAACCACGCGGACCAAUUUCGGCUAUGUAUUCGACACCAGGGCCGGCUUAUGUAUUGCCCGGUCUUGUCGGCAGUAGUUUUCAUGAUCCACGUUCGGUACAUACGAAGCAACCGGCAUAUUCAUUCGGUGUUAGACACGGCAAAUAUAGAGAUGACUCAUCGCCUGGCCCAUGUUAUUUUCCAAAUCCGAAAGUUUCUCGAACUGGUAAAGACGGCACACCACAUUAUUCCCUCUAUGCUCGACGCGGUGAUCUGAAAGGCGACUAUAAUCCUGGACCUGGCACUUAUAAACCUGAAGAUAAAGGACCAAUGAAAUCUGUAUUCCAAUCACCACCUGCCUAUACAUUUGGUUCUCGUCAUAAAUACUUUGGUCUUGAUCAUACACCUGCACCGAACGCUUAUGCUUUGCCUGGAAUGCUUGGUAAAACAGUACAAAGUGUAAAAAAACAAGCACCCAUAUUUACAAUGACUGGAAGAAGCAAACGAGGUGGCUUUGACGAAGAUUUACAAAGAACGCCAGGACCUGGUGCUUAUAGUGUGAUAAAAUCAGGUGUAUACAAACAAGAACCACCACAUUACAGUAUGACUGCACGAAAUGAAAUGCCAGGUGAUUCAACUCAAAAACCGGGACCCGGUAAAUAUUCACCAGAAAAGGUUUGGAUACACAAACAACAAUCUCCUGGCUACUCGUUUGGUAUUCGGCAUUCAAUGUAUGAAGCACCGCUUAUUGUUGAUGUGAAAAACUGA